GCAGCAGCUGGCCGAGUCGGUGCUCAAAGACGGCUGUGCGUCCGCGCUGAGAGUCCAUUUGGCCAACUCCCUCCCUUUGUCCUCCAAUGCGAAGCGGCCCCGAAUCGACCUGAUUGUGUUUGUGAUUAACCUCCACAGCAAAUACAGCACACUCCUCAGUUCCCGCCUGUCACCAUGCCCAACAUCGUGCUCUUCAGUGGGAGUUCUCACCCAGACCUGUCGCAGCGUGUGGCCGAUCGCCUGGGCCUGGAGCUGGGCAAGGUGGUCACCAAGAAGUUCAGCAACCGGGAAACCAGUGUUGAGAUUGGCGAAAGUGUGAGAGGGAAAGAUGUCUACAUCAUCCAGAGCGGCUGCGGGGAGAUUAAUGACAACCUGAUGGAGCUACUCAUUAUGAUCAACGCGUGCAAGAUCGCAUCCUCCGCCAGGGUAACUGCUGUGAUACCCUGCUUCCCGUACGCCCGGCAAGAUAAGAAGGACAAGAGUCGUGCCCCGAUUUCUGCUAAACUGGUGGCCAACAUGCUGUCGGUCGCUGGGGCUGAUCACAUCAUCACCAUGGACCUGCACGCCUCUCAGAUCCAGGGAUUCUUUGAUAUUCCUGUGGAUAACUUAUACGCAGAGCCUGCAGUUCUUCAGUGGAUUCGGGAGAAUAUCGCCGAAUGGAAAAAUUGUAUCAUCGUUUCCCCAGAUGCUGGAGGAGCCAAAAGGGUUACGUCAAUUGCAGACAGGCUGAAUGUGGAGUUUGCUUUGAUUCACAAGGAGAGAAAGAAAGCAAAUGAAGUGGACCGGAUGGUUCUGGUGGGUGAUGUGAAGAGCCGCGUGGCCAUCCUGGUGGACGACAUGGCUGACACGUGUGGUACCAUCUGCCAUGCUGUAGAUAAGUUGCUCUCAGCGGGUGCCACCAAAGUUUAUGCUAUCCUUACCCAUGGAAUCUUCUCUGGGCCAGCUAUUUCCAGAAUAAAUAAUGCUGCCUUUGAAGCUAUUGUUGUCACCAACACAAUUCCUCAAGAGGACAAAAUGAAACACUGCCCCAAGAUUCAGGUGAUUGACAUUUCAAUGAUCCUGGCUGAGGCCAUUCGAAGAACCCACAAUGGGGAGUCUGUGUCCUACCUGUUCAGCCAUGUCCCACUGUAGUCCGCAGAGGGACACUGAAG